AUGGCUUUCUUAAGCACCACCCACCACCAGAAUGGCUUAUCAUCCACCCUUUCAAAUGUUUCCAGUCCUAAAGGGUCUGACCUGAUGGUCUUGAAAGUUGCAUCGGUGCUCUCUACUUCCUAUUCGGAUACCGAUUUUCGCGAUGCCAUCCUCCUCGCCGAUCAACGGGCUGUGGGAACCAAUGUCAAGAACAGGCGCCAACUUCGACUGGACCUCUUAGGAGAGGCAAUUGGCUGUAAUGGCGAGAUUGUUGGAGAAAUGGGCUUGGUCGCGGAGAGACUGAAAGACGUUCGAGGAGUUGUUGAAAGAUUGAAUUCCCGGAUCCAAGACAUGAAGCGCCAGAUCGACUCGGCCCACGAUCGGACAACGCCGGCUCUUCGAGGAAUGGCCUCACUCUUUGAACAGCGACUGGCAAUAGAGAGAAAGCAGGAGAUUCUUGGUGCUAUUGAGAGCUACUUCAUCAUGACGGAUGACGAGAUUGAGUCGCUCACUUCGACUAUGAGGCCGGUUGACACUUCAUUCUUCUCCCAUCUCCAGAAAGCCAGACGAAUUACCCUUGGCUGUGACAUACUCCUGGGAUUUGAAAGCCAGACCCUUGGGCUGGAAUUGAUCGAUCGGACAUCCGUACAUGUAAACAUGGCUUUCCAGAAGCUCUAUAAAUGGGUGCAACAGGAAUUCAAGGCGUUGAACCUGGACAAUCCCCACGUCAAUCCCUCCAUGCGGCAAGCUUUACGGGUUCUCGCGGAGCGGCCCUCUCUCUUCCAGAAUUGUCUAGACUUAUUUGCAACAUCCAGAGAGCGAUAUCUAUCUGAAACCUUUCACUGCGCCCUCACAGGCAUCACGCCACAGGGCGCUGAAGAUGCCUCGAUCAGGCCAAUCGAUUUGACAGCACAUGAUCCUCUCCGCUAUGUGGGCGACAUGUUUGCCUGGGUUCAUUCUGCCACUGUGGGCGAGCGGGAAGCGCUCGAAACUUUGUUCGCUGUUGGCAAAGAUGACGCCCUUCAUGCAUCAACAUCAAAUCCCAAUACAACGCUCUGGGAUCUUCCCGUCGACGAGGCAUCCGAAGGUAGUGAAUUCAAGGUCCUCGAAGCCCUCGGACAACUCAUGGACCGUAAUUUCCUACCUGUCGUUCGGUUACUACGCCAACGUGUCGAGCAGGCCAUUCAGUCAAAUGAAGACGUCAUCCCUGCCUAUAAGAUCUCAACGCUCCUCAGCUUCUAUCGGACGACCUUUGAAAAGCUUUUGGGCCCGGGAUCUGGCUUAGAGGAGUGCGCGGGCGCUCUGGAGAAAGUCGCCAAACGUCAAUUUCGAUCCCUUGUCAGGGAUAAUGUCCUAUCCGUCCAAGGAGAGUUCCAGCAAGUUCCUUCGAACCUAGAGCCUCCUCGAUUUCUCCAGGAAGCUUUCAAGCAACUCGGAGCCAUUCUCCAGAUCUACGAAUCCUCCCUGUCUGCUUCUGCAGACUCGGGAAGUGAGGUCCAGGGCAUACUAUCACAAGCUUUUGAUCCAUUCAUGUCUGGGUGCGAGGAAAUUGCGAAACCCAUGACAAACCCUGAAGGAGGAAUAUUCCUCGUCAAUUGCAAACUUGCGGCAGCUCAUUGUCUAGGUAGUUUCGAAAGCACGGCUUUUCGAGCUACCCAGAUUCGAGAUGAAGUUGCCAGGGACGUUCUGAACCUAAUCAACGACCAGCACGCUGUCUUCCGCCGGAAAUCGGGAUUGGAUGACUUGCUGAAGAACCUAGAUGAAGGUGAAGAGGUUGAUGUGAGCCAGGCGUCAGUUCGCCAAGCAAGUCAAGAGCUGGACGACUUCCUCCCCUCCGCAUUGAUGGAUGCAAUGGACAGGUUGAAGGGGCUACAGGAUGCGGAGAUGGCCCGACAAAUCAUAGAACAAGCAGCCGAGAAGUUCUGUGCUGACUUCGAGAGGCUGGAGGAGUUUCUUGCAAGCCAGAACAAUGCCGAGGAUGCGCCUGAUCCAGAUGGAGGAUUGAGUUUUUCAAGGACAUCGGCCGAGAUCCGCGUGCUCCUCUCUUAG